AUGCCGCCCCAGACUUACUAUCCUCCGCCGCCCAUGUCUGCGCCGGCUCAUCAGACAACAUUUCCUGGUCUUCCACAAGCCUUCCCUCCGCCACCCCAUGCCACUCCCCCACCUUCACAACCAUCACCUGCUUCACAGAUAUCUGCAAAUGCACCCCCGCCUAACUUUAGCUACCCUCCUCCUCCCCAGUCCCAACCAGCAAAUAAUGUGUACCCGGGACCCCCAUCUGUUACGCCAGUCCAAAGCCCACCCCCAGACCAAUAUCCCCAGGACAAGCCACCGUUCUACAACCAGCAGAAUGCUGUUCCAGUCCAGCAACCAGCUGCCACCAGCAUAAGCAGACCAAUUUCCCAAUCUUCAGUGGGCCGAAUGGAAAAAAUCCCAGGAGGAGCCCCCGCAUAUGGAGAUUUCCGAGGAGCAAGCGCAACAUCCGAAGACAACGUCGGCACAUUCAACGGAGGAAGUUAUAGAAUCAGUCAUCGGGAUUCAAACUCCCUCUUGACAAUUCAACUAGCAAUGGGUGCUCCCUUAGUUGUCAAACCAGGCGCCAUGUUAGCAAUGUCUCCGACAAUCACCUUACGUGGUGAAUUCCACUUCACAAUGAAGAAACUAAUAGCAGGGGCCAAAAUGGGCAUGUCAACCUACACCGGACCGGGAGAACUUCUUCUCGCCCCGUCCGUCCUGGGCGAUAUAAUGGUUCUACCAGUCCGCGGCGAAAAAGAUUUGAUGAUUAGUAGAGAUUCUUUCCUCGCGCACUCAUCAGCCGUUCAUCACGAGUAUGUAACACAGGGUUUGACGAAGGCCAUGUUCUCUGGCGAGGGGUUGUUCGUUUACAAGAUUACUGGGACGGGAUUACUUUUCAUCCAGGCUUUCGGGGCGAUUAUCAAGAAAGAGCUUGUGGAGGGCGAGAAAUACUACGUGGAUAAUGGUUAUCUUGUUGCGUGGAAUUGUGACUAUACACUUGAGCGUGUUGCGUCUGGUGGAUUGAUAUCUUCUUAUUCUUCUCAUGAAGGUCUUGCUUGCAAGUUCAAAGGACCCGGAACGGUUUAUUUCCAGACGAGGAACUUGAAUGCGUUUGCGAUGCAAAUGAAGAUGAGUACGGCUAGUGGUUGA